AGUAUAAGGCGGGGGUACGCAGUGUGCGCUGUCAUGAUGAUGUCUGCUUCUUGCCAGGUCCCCGGAGUGCCAGUCCCCGGCGGACCAGAGCCAGUCAAGAGGCACUGCUCUUUCUCAGUCUCUCCUCUGCCCUCUGUGAUCAGUCUAGCUUCUCCUCCGUCUCUACACCUGUUGAUCCACUCGCCAUCACUCUAUCCUCCAUACUGGACCAAUACACGGGUCCUCCCUGAAUCUCAUCAACUUUAAUCAUUGUCAGUAUUUAACUAGAUUAAUCUUCAGCAGCUGUAAACUACUACUUAAAGAGAGAAAGCAAACUUGUAUACAGCCUACACUCAUAAUUUCAAAACUCUUUUUUCCAUGGUUGAAGGUUGUGGCACAGGAGCUUAGUGGAGUCUUGUGUUGAUACUUGAGCAUGUGUAAGUGUGAUGAAGUGGUGCAGGAGACAAUGACGAGUGAUGACACCAACACACAAGUAGAGAGAAGCAACAACAAGAGUAGGAUUAUCCCUCAGGUGUUAGCAUGUAUGGCUGCAUCAUUAGGAACACUAUGUUCAGGUGCUGUGAAUGGCUGGACAGCAGGUGCACUCACCUCCCUUGAUGCUGACCCACACAUGAACAUGGGUACCUUACAGAAUGCCUGGGUGGUGGCCAUAAUUGCUUUGGGAGCAGUAGUUGGAUGUCCUCUGGCUGGAUAUGUGAUGGACCUGCUGGGACGACGAAAAACCAUCCUGGUUAUGUGUCCAUUCACAUUCCUUGGAUGGAUCACUAUGGCUCUGGCCGUCAACUUGGAACUUGUGCUCACCGGGAGAGCUUUAUGUGGCCUUACUACUGCCUUCUUAUUCUCUGCUGUACCAGUCUACUGCAGUGAAACUCCAGAGGCUAAAGUGCGAGGUGCACUAGGUACAUUGUCUUCAUUAUUUCUUACAUUUGGUGUUGUGCUCUCAUAUGUGGCAGGUGCCUGCUUUCCCUGGCGAAUUAGCUGCUACAUUUGUGGUGCUCCCUGCCUCCUUACGUUUGCUGCCAUAAUGCUCGUUCCUGAGUCGCCUUACUGGCUCUUAAUCAAAGGAAAAAAAGCUGAUGCUGAAGCAUCUUUAAGAUGGUUAAGAGGACCAAAUUAUGAUUUUUCAAAAGAAAUUGCCGAGAUGGAAGCCAAAAUGUUAUUGGUAGGAAAGAAAUUAGAAUUUAGAGAGUUGUGGCGACCACGUACUCGAAGGCCAUUUCUAAUAGCCCUCUUUAUGAUGACUCUUCAACAAGCCAGUGGUGGUAAUAUCCUCAUUAUGUACACAGGAACAAUCUUUAUCUCAGCAGGUGUUGCAGACCACAAUAUGGCAACCGUGUAUGCAGGUUUAGUUCAGAUUGUUGGUACAUUAUUGUCUGUUAUAAUGAUGGAUCGUGCUGGACGCCGACCCAUGAUUAUAAUUUCAACUGCAGUAAUGGGUACAGCAACACUGAUGCUUGGGGUAUAUUACUAUGUACACAAUGUCAUGGGCAACUUCUGGCCAAGAUGGGUGCCACUGAUCACUGUACUAGUAGCAGUGUUUGGUUACUGUCUGGGAUGCCGUACAAUUCCCUGGCUUUUGUCUGCCGAGCUCUUCAACACCACCAUCAGGUCUACUGCCAAUGCUGUCACACUCUUCUACAAUCGCUUCCUUAACUUUACUGUCAUACAGGUUUACCCAUUCUUUGAAGAGGCAGCUGGUGCACACACAGUGUUUGCUGUCUUUGGUGCCCUCUGUCUCACAUGCUGCAUCAUCUCUUUCAUCUGUGUUCCAGAGACAAAGGGAAAAACUCUUGAACAGAUUCAAGAGUACUUUGAGAAAGAAGCUUUAUCAUCAAUAUAUGAAGUCAAUGACAUGAACAAUCAACAGUCAACAUGUUCUGAUGUCAUCCAAGGAGAGGCCAAUAAAAGUUUACCCACAACAUCAACUCUUGCCACAGAAAAAGAUUAUGAUAUCUCUGUGGGAUCUUUUAUUGAUAAACCAGCCCUAAGUAGCAAAGGACAAACACAAAACAGUAGUUCUGUGGAAAACACAGCAUUAUAAAUAACAUGCUUGUAAAUUACAUGAUUUAGAAUAUUAGUAGAUAUUCCAGGGACUUCCAUUGCACAUUAAUCAUCAUAUUUUAGUAAAAGUUAAGUGUGUUUGAUUA